GUUUCGUAUGUGAUUCAUGGUCAUUCAUAAUCAUGGCUAGCGGUUUGUUAAGGAGAAUUUCUCAUGCGUUUCAAACGUUUGAACAAACACUUAAUAUUAUUUUCGGUCGAGGAUUUCCACCAGGAGGUUUGUGUGCGGUCGAAUGCAAUCACGUUGUGAAUCAAACACAACCUGCUUAUUCACCUGGGCGGUCUUUAAAGGAUAUUCUUGACGAUGCAUUUUUAUGGGCUGUACCUAAGAAACGUCGUACGAUAGAAAAACGUCUGAAUAGAAGAUUCGGUUUUCCAGGCCUAAAUUGGAAACCGCAUGUUCCCAAACAAAACAUUUUGAUGUGUAGACGUUGCGGUCAUGAUUACGAAGCUGGUCUACUUUGCGCAUAUUGUUAUGAAAUAGUGAAAAAGGAAACGGAAGAAAUGAAAACAGCUAUAGAGAAUUCAUUGGGUUUGGAGCCGAUCGAACAAGAUGUUCUGGUAUUAUACGAAGGAGAGAAAGAACGACUGAAAGAUGAAUAUUGGAAGGCACAGAGAAUUAUUGAACUACCCAAAAAAAGACCCGAAUGGUUCAGUCAGAAUUUACUUGAGCCAACCGCGCAAGAACCGUCCGAUAAAACUGAUGUAAAAACUGUAGAACCACCUAUAGUUAUAAGUAAAGAAUAAAUUGUAUUAUCAAGGUACUUUUGCUUAUGCACGACGGAAUUAGAGAGAAACAAAUAAAUUCAAAAAAUAUUAUUUC